AGGUCAACGAAAAGAAUGACUUUGAGAUUUGUAGAAGACCUUCUGUUUCCAGCAUAUUUUACUCACUUUGCAAGCGAUAGAUGCCUGUAUAUUAGGGCUUAAUUUGAGAAACUCUAUUAUGCUUUGUCUUCAUUUACUUGUAUUACAGACUUUCUUCACAGACGAAUUAUUUAUAGUGGUAUGCAUAAUAUUUUGCAAAAGUGCCUUCCCUUUGACGUAUUCCCGGAAAGGCAAAACUGCGCAAGAAGUUUGCAGUUUGCUGUUCCUCUAAAACUACGACGCAAACCCUCAACUCAUAAGAAAGUUUUAAUUAAAAGAUGGCGAGGCGAGGUAUCACAAUUGUCUAGGUGACAAAUGGAGAACAACCCAGAAUGCAUCAACUCCGAGUGUGUUGGUAUUGGUAUUCCAGCAUAUCACGGCAGAUGUCAGAUGUGCCAGCAUGCUCAGGAUAAUCCGAUCAUUCAAAUUGAGGCUCCCAGAAACCUUGUAGACCCUGUUGCCCCUUUCAAGUGCUUGAUAGAAAAUUGUCCCAACUUUGGGAGCAUUGAGAAAGGAAAAUUAUGCAAUGAAUGUUACAACACUCAUCCACACAGAUGCAAGACGCUUCAUUGUGAUAAUGUCAGCCUUGCUAAAAAUGACUUUUUCUGUAAAGACUGUCUAGAAAAACGUGAAAAAGAUGCACAUCAAUCAGAAUGUGAAGGGCAUCUUACUGGAACUUUUCAAAGUCAAAGACAUUCCAAGGACCCAGGUUUGGAAGAUGAGGCAAGUGGAACACCCCAAGGAUGGAGCUCUACCAGACCAAGUGUAGAACCUCAGUAUUUGGACCCUGUGUGGAGAAAGUGUCUUACUUCUGGCUGUGGCAAUUCAGGUACCAGUGCCAAUGGACUUUGUCUUCAGUGCUACUUGGGACAGGUUGAUAGUGAAGGGCAGGCGAGUGGUUUCCUGGAGUGUCAUGUAACUGGUUGCAAGGAGUUUGGGUAUCAGAAGUUGCAUGGGUUUUGCAGAAAAUGUUACAGUGCUGGUCAGAUCAUGGAUAAGACAGUCAUUAAGAAGUCACCUUCUUCAUCUUCCUUGGCUGAACAUGCUAAAAAGGGUGAAUUUAAAUGUUCCACACCCAACUGUAAUUUUUUUGGCCUUGCAGAACAGAAUGGACAGUGCAGCAGUUGUUUCAAAGAGUAUCUGAAUACAGUAACGAUGGAGGCUGAAAAACAUCAAACUACUGGAAAUGAUUCUUUAAGCCAAUGCAGAACUCAUGGCUGUGGGUUCUUUGGAACGCCAGAAAGAAAUUACCUGUGCAGCAGUUGUUUCAGAAAAGCAGGUGGGAAGGAGAGAACACGUAAUGCCAGUGGGCCUCCUGGGUACUCUGCUCGGCAGAAUCUGCUUGAUAAUGGAAGCAACAACAACAACAGCAACUCUGGUGCAUUCAGUAAUUCCACCGCCAACAAAAGUCAGGUUCAGGGAGUGGAACCCAGACCUGGAGGCCAUACUAGCACUGCACAUCCAGGAGCAUCAGAACCUAACCGCUUGAACACUCGUACGAUACCAGACAUCUACAUACCUGUCACCUCAGAUGAAUUGUUUGGAGAAGGACCUGAAAAAAACAGACCAACACUAAAUAUCAAAAGAUCUUACAGCUCGCCAUCAGGGUUUACUUUGAUUGAGCGGGAAUGCCAGAGGAAGUGUGGUCGGAAAUGUGUGGCUCAAUGCGAGCCCUACUGCAUGAGUUGUUACGAAGAUUUGAAACUUCAGCCACCGAGUAUGAUACAGCACUUUGAGCCAUAUUACCACAAUGACGUUCGAUUUGCAAGUAAUCCUUCAUUGUCCUCCCUACCAGGUGUAUGUGAGUCGCCUGGGUGUGAGGAGCCUGUGUCGGGUUUGACUUACCCUCUUUGUCAAGGUUGCGGAGAGCAAGGUCAAGGAAGUAAAGCCAGGCCAAGUGCAGGGGCAGAAGAUGCAGAUGACAAGGACCCAGAAUCAGUACCUCCUGGAGCCAACUCAAGGGAAGGUAUGGGUACAGGGAGAGUACCUCUUUCAAAUCAUGCAGCACAACAAGGUGAACAAGUUGAUGGUCGGUUACCUGAAAAGAAGAUGAUAUCUUUGAAACCUUUGUGCUUGAUGCAGACUGACCUGUGUAGCAUCCCAUGUGAUUAUAUCGUCUGUCUGUGGAAUAAACGCAAUAUUGAGACAGGAAACCAUCCAUUGCUGGAUAAGAUUGGAGAAGUUACUCAGACCCGAGAAGUUUUUAAAACAUCUCUGUCCCACAACAAGGUGUUUGAGACAAGUGGAGGGCUGUCAAAGGCUGGUAGUGUGUUUCACUGUAAGUAUGACCACGCUGUGGAUGUCCAGGUAGCCAACGCCCUGCUCAGGUGUGUCAAGUGUGGAGAAGCGGAAGCCCGGAAGAAGUGCAGACAAAAGAUUGUCGCACUGUUUCCAGUAGCGUAUUUUGAGGACCUUCAAGGAGACCCAGGCAUGUCAACGCGAGUGAGCAUGUACGUCAUUUCUUACAUCCAGACCGUCACAGGCUACACACAGUUGCUCAGCAAGUUCUGGCUGUGUGUCGACUCAGCUGACACCAGCACCAAGUGUAAAGAAGAAUACGUAAGAGUCAAGGAGAAGAAGAACAAAGAUAUACAUAAAACCAGUCUUGCAGGUUGUCACCAGUGCAAGAAUUCUCCAGCAGCAAAGCUGAAGCCCAUCUCUGACACAUGUGGAGAUCAUUGUGCAGUGUUUUGUAUCCAGUGUCUGAAGAUUGGACGACGUGACCGGCUACGCUGUCCCCGGCAUGGCCUGUGUUUCUCACCAAUAGGUCAUGAAAACACAUAUGCCAUACUGGUGGCUGGACAUGACAAGAAUUCAAAAGUAGCCAAGAUGUUUGUUAAGGAUGUUGAAUACAUGAAAAGGGCAUUACAGUGUGAUGACAUCAUCGGAGUCAGGAACGAGAACAUCCAAGUAGUAACCCCUGGUACAGAAAGAACCAUGUACGAAAGAGUGAUUAACGCCUUUUCUGAUCUGCAAAGAAAGAUCCAACAGAAGAAGGGUCCAUCUUUCUUCUGUUUCUUCUACUCUGGGCACAAUGACAAGAAGUCGCUAAAAUUGGGGAAAAAUAAUGACUCAAUCACACCAAAGAGAUUGAAACAACAGCUCAACAAUUUGGACGUGGAGAAGAUUGUGAUCAUUCUGGAUUGUUGCUACAGCGCAGGAGCAGACUUGACUGUUGAGGUUGAUGAAGAGGAUUUCUCAUUGUCAAUAGGUAGCUGCGCAAAAGAUGACACUGAACCGGAAAUAUAUGUCCCCAAAUUGUGGAAUCUGGACUGAAAUACAGGAGGACUCAGGAUCCAAAGGAGGAGACACCUGUACGUACCAGUGGUCGUCAUCCACAAGUGACGAGAAGUCUUUCCAUGACUAUGAACAUAGCUUCUUUACUUUUAGCAUUGUGAAAGCAUUGAAUGCAAAGUGUCCCCUUGAGAAAGAACGUUGUGGGCAGUGUCAACAGUUCAGACGAGAAGUCAUGAGAGCGGAUGGUGUUUUCUUGAAGACGAUUCAUGAAAGUGUGGAUUAUCACGUUCAGAUGCUGGCACAGAAAAAGACCAGACAGCAACAUCCCCAGCUUGAGAGCAGCCAUGAUGACGUGCUCCUUGCAUUCCAUCAUUUCUACACUUGAUGCCAUUUACGAUUUAAACGGAAACUGUUCAUGGCCACAUUCUAGUGAUUCUAGUGAUAGGACCACCGUAAGUCAAAGCUGAAAUAUGGGAAUUACUGGGGUGGCUAAAUUAGAUUCAUGAAACAGUUCCUUAGCUCUAAUUCAUUGGCACUGAAGGUCAGUAUUCUUAAAGGGGCUCCAUCUAAUGGAGUUCAGUGUGGGUCUUGGUCCUGAUGAUGUAAAUGGGGACAAAUGGAGUAUCUUUUUGAUUGAUAUACAUCAGUAACAGCUUUCGAAAUACCUGCCUACCCGACCGCCUGGGACAGGUUAUUUUCAACACGGACUGCCAGAUUCUCAAAUUCACCUGCCCGGUUGGGUUAAUUUGUAGACAUGUAAAUAUUUUGUGGGCAGGUAAGUUUUGGUCAGGGCUGGCAAGUUUUACAUCUAUCCAGCCCUGUGGUCUGGCUGAAAUUUUUGGGAGUUUCAUACCCUGUCGUUAAAGGUGACUUGUCUGAAUCAGCUAUCAAGAGAUGUGCCACAACUUACAUCAAGGUGCAGGUCGUCAGCAAGGGGGCCGGUGGGGUAGCCUAGUGGUUAAAGCGUUGGCUCGUCACGCCGAAGACCAGGUUUAAUUCCCCACAGGGGUACAAUAUGUGAAGCCCAUUUCUGGUGUCCCCCGCCAUGAUAUUCUGGAAUAUUGCUAAAAGCGGCGUAAAACCAUUUCUUCCUAAGUCCCUAUUUUGCUAACAGUAGUAAGCAGUAUCUUAAAUCGUGAGAAGCACAUGUAACCAGCUUCAAUGAGCGAGAAAAGUCUGGUCAUUUGAUUAUAAUACCAUGGGAACUGAUGUCUCAGUUCCAUGGUAGAGAUGUCUCCAAGGGGAGAUUACUUGAUCUCACCAAUGAAGUAUAUCUUGUGGAAGCCAGUGUUAGGUGAUAUAUAUAUAUAUUUAUGUACAAACAUAGUCAAUAAUGACUCAGCCAGUAAAAUCAUAAAACAGUUUAGAUAUAAGACUUUAUAUUGCCUUUCUGUGUACAGUGACAUAUAUGAUUGAUAGAGAAAAUUCUAUUGUAGUUAUUUUGUUUGUGUGGGAGAUUUAUAUUUUUGACACCAACAAGGAUUAUUAUUAGACCUGAUGAUUGGGCCAGAACAAGCCCUGAAACGUUGUACUC